AUGAAGUUCGUGCCUCACAAAUUCAGAGAAGGGCAAACAGAUUGGUUUGCAAAACGAGGCAUAAAUUGGCAUAUCAGUGUUACACUGAUGAAAGGACCAUCUGCCACAUAUCAGUCUAUCACUCAUGUACAUUUGUUCUCUUCAACUGUUACUGAAGAUUCAUGGGUCACAUCUUCUAUCAUUUCUGAUGUUGUCCAAGAUUUAAUUCAAAUGAACCAAGGUCUUCCAAAUGUACAUUUGUUUUCUGACAAUGCAGGCUGCUACAAAAGUACCAAUACCAUAGCUGCCUUACACCAAACAUUGAAAGGGACAAUCAAAACCUAUAACUUUUGUGAAGCACAAGAUGGGAAAGGACCUUGUGAUCGUAGAGCAUCACAUUUAAAGUCGAUCAUUAAGAGAUAUGUGAAUGAAGGAAAUGAUGUAGUAACAGCAGAACAGAUGAAAAGGGCUAUUGAUUUGAAAAAGAACUUCAACUAUAGAGUUAAAGUGGUAACUCCUGUAAUUGACCUAGAUCCUGUUCAAAAUAUCAUUAAAUCAAUACCAGGAAUAUCACAGUUGCAUAAUUUCAAAUUUGAGGAUUCGUGUUUGAGAGUGUGGAAAGCAUAUGGAAUAGGAGCAGGGAAAUUAAUUCCAUGGACAGAUAUCUGUCAAGAUAUGAAUGUUUCCCAGUUGAAAACAGUUCAAAAUUGGUUGGAGAAAUCUUGCAAUGUAUUUUCUGCAGAUGAUAUCACAGAGGAAGAAGAAGAAGUGGAAGAGUGUGAGCCACCAGCAAAGAAAGCAAAAUCUGAAGGAAAUAUUUACAGUUGUCCUAUAGAGGGUUGUGACAGGUCGUUCAAAAAUAAUAGUGGUCUAGAACAAUCUCUUAGGAAAUUAUAA